CACACAACUAAUAUUGGUGUGAUUUUUUUGACUUGGUACCCAUCAGUGAACAAUCCUGUAUUAUCUCGGUUUCAAAGUGAUCCCCAGACAUAUUUUCCCGCAAGUGACAUCUCAGUGGGAUAUCACCGUACAGAGAGCCGUCAAGCGUAUUUCUGGUGCUCCUCACAUGAUGUACUCGCUUCGGCCUAGGCGUAACGAGAUCCAUGUGUCCCCCGACUCAGAAAAGAACUCUGAUGACAAUGUCGGACUCGCGAAGUCGGCGAGGCGGCGAAAGUCCACGAAACGGAAUAUCACCGACUCCCAACUAAUGCGCGAGGACGUCUCCACUGGAGGCCAGAGAAAGAAACGGGCUUUGAGUCCUGCUCCAUUGGAUAUACAUGAUGUCGAGAAAAAGAAUACUACCUUUGGAGGACGCUUGGGAUAUGCAUGCUUGAAUACUCUUCUACGAAAUGAGAAGCCUGCCACCGAGGCGACGUUCUGUUCGAGGACCUGUCGCAUCGACACCAUUAAGAAAAAGGGCGCGGACUGGGUGAAGGACUUGGGCCGAAAGAACGUUGAGGAUUUACUGAAGAUUAUUGAGUGGAAUGAGCGUAACUAUAUCCGUUUUAUGAGAAUCUCGUCCGGCAUGUUUCCUUUUGCCUCGCAUGAAACAUAUGGGUAUUCGCUCGCCUACUGCGCCCCUCUCCUUGCGGAGGUGGGUGCCCUUGCCAAGAAGUAUGGGCACCGACUCACCGUGCACCCCGGACAAUAUACGCAACUGGGCUCACCACGUGAGGCGGUAGUACGGUCAAGCAUCCGAGAGCUGGAGUACCAUUGCGAAAUGUUGGACCUCAUCGGUGUUGGCCCAGACGGGGUAAUGGUCAUCCACGGGGGCGGCGUAUAUGGUGAUAAGGAAGCGACCUUGGCGAGGGUCAAAGAGACUAUACGAGUCGAUUUGCCGAAGAACGUGCGGGACCGCUUAGUGCUUGAGAAUGACGAGUUAUGUUACACCGCUGCAGAUCUUCUCCCGUUAUGCAAAGACCUGGAAGUUCCACUGGUGUUUGAUUAUCACCACAACAUGCUUAACCCGUCUCCUGGCGUACCGCCAGCACAAAUUAUGGAAGAGGCGAACGAGAUUUUCCGUAAGCGCGGCAUAAAACCUAAGCAGCACUACAGUGAACCCAGAGAUGGUGCAGUCGGCAUCAUGGAGAAAAGAGCACAUUCGGACCGCUGUUACUCACUUCCAGAAGGCUUACCAGAGGAUAUGGAUUUGAUGAUUGAAGCCAAAGACAAAGAACAGGCAGUUCUGCAGUUGCAUCGGAUGUACAAUUUGCACCCUGUCAAUCAUGAGUAUCUUAGACCGCCGAGAGACAAAUAAUCUGAAGAGACCACACGUUGCAUGAGCCAGCAUGCCAAGGUCAAGUUGACUUUUGGCAUUCGAUCCUGUAGAAGUUUAUGGUGUUGAAGUAUCUCGCACUACGCAAUCAAUGACUAUCUAUGCUUUGCACUCC